CUGCUUCAUGUUUGUGCUCUUUGCUAUUCAGUUUUACAAAGCCUGUGAUUUCUAUCUGAAAUCAUGUCGAGCAUAAGCAUAGCUGAAGAAGAUGAGGCUCUCUUGACAAUAAAUCGAAAUCGGCUCUACCUGAUCUUGUUGAUGAAAACAUACUCACUACAGACAGCCAGCAAUCAUGGUUUGGGUCAAUGAUUGCCAUAGGUGCUAUAUCCGGUGGCCCGAUUGCUGGGAUUUGUGUUGCAUAUUUUGGUCGGAAGUAUUCUGUAAUGUUAUGUGCUCUACCGCUUGGUGUUGGCUAUGCCAUUAUAGCGUCCGUAAGCAACGUUGCAGCCCUGUACGUUGGACGAAUACUGACCGGCAUUGGAACGGGAAUGGUUUCUCUCUCAACCCCAGUUUAUAUAGCAGAGUUGUCAAGCCCAGAUCGUAGAGGUGCAUUGGGAGCCAGUUUUCAGCUCUCUAUAACAAUUGGUAUUCUUUUGGUAAAUAUUUUUGGAAUUUCACUUUCGUAUGUCUGGCUAGCUAAUGUCGGUUGUGCUCUAUGUGCAUUUCUUGUCGUCUUUAUGCUGUUCAUGCCAGAAACUCCACAUCACUGUAUCAUUCGGCAUGAACGUGAGAGGGCACUGUCUAUUUUAUCCUGGCUGCGAGGUGUCAAUUUUAAUGUUGUUCAGGAACUGAGGGACAUUGAAGAUAAUAUUAAUUCACAAUCGGAAGACUUCCACUACAGGGAAUACUUACAACCAAACCUGUACAUACCCUUGGCAAUAAGCCUCUUCCUGAUGUUAUUCCAGCAGUUCAGCGGCAUCAAUGCCGUUAUCUUCUACGCGGUGUCAAUCUUUCAUAGUGCAGUUCCAUCAAUUGAAGAGCAUGAGGCUGCUAUCAUUGUAACUGGUGUGCAAGUUGUGGCUACGUUUGUGUCAGUUCUUCUGAUGGACAGAGCUGGACGAAGGAUACUUCUAAUUAUAGCUGGAGUUGGAAUGUGUAUAAGCUCAACUUCAUUUGGGGUGUACUACCAAUUGUCUGAGAAAAAUAACACAAAUAACGCAAGCACUGGUGAUUUCAUGGUAACAGCAUCCUCCUCGUCCAACCUAGCAUGGCUCGCCAUGACAAGUAUGGUCGUGUACAUCACAUCGUUCUCACUCGGAUGGGGUGCAAUUCCAUGGCUUAUCAUGUCAGAGAUUUUCCCAACAAGAGCAAGGUCCUCUGCUUCUGCAAUUGCUACAGCUGUCAACUGGAUUUUUGCAUUUAUAGUAACAAAAGAGUUCUAUGCUAUGUCAAGUGCGAUGACAGAUGCUGGUGCUUUUUGGUUCUUCGGAGGAAUCUGUUUUCUUGGCGUUGUGUUUGUCGCAGUUUGCGUCCCAGAAACAAAAGGAAAGUCGCUAGAGGAAAUUUCAGACUAUUUUUCACGGGAUCAAAGAGUUCUUGACUUUCCAGUGGCUGUAGGGGGAGACAAUGAAUCUAAGUAAUAAAUCUAAUUCCCCAACAGCGAUAUUUUAUUCAUAUACAAGGCAGUCACCUUUUUUAACAUUACAGCUGUAUAAAUAAAAAAAAUUGAGAUUAUAAAUCAGGCAAUUAUGCGAUGCUCAUUUCAGGAUGGUUAUAAUUUCAGUUGGCUAAGGAUAAAUGGUUCACUAAAUUUUUGGUACUGACAUAAGGGACUACUGUAACUAAAGGUCACAAAAUAAAUACUUGAUUAUGAUAUUAAGAUUUGAGAUCUGGAGCUUUAUUUAUUGAGCGUAGUGCUCUAAUUUCUUUUUACCUCAUAAUUACAGAUCAUACUUUUAUGUGUUAUAAUAUUUGUUAUAAAGUAUGUAUUCCUGUAUUUUUAUAUGUUUUCACCUCAAACUUCCAAAUCAGCUUUUUAUUUGUCUAAUGAUGAUAAAUAUGAUUGUGAUGAUAAUGUUUAGCCAUUUUUAUAACUGCCUGUAUUUCUUUUUAUUGUAAGAAUAAUUAUUUUAUUUCUCCAAAUAAACACAAAUUAUAAAAAUCAUUUGAAUAGUAAUUAUCUAUUAGAAUCUGAAAAAUUAAAAACUCAUGUAUUAGUGGGAAGUUUAGUGUCUGAACUACUGUAGUAAGAAAUUUAUACUCAUAUAAAGAAGUCUAUUAAAUGGACAGUCGGUAAUGUGUUGUAUUUAGUAUUAGAUUUAAAACUUAAAAAUAAAUGUGACUAUAAAACAUGACUGUUAGCUGAUUCUAUAGGGGUUCUAAUCUGGCAGGUCACCAGGCAUUUCCAGCCUGGGAGUACCGUACAUGUUAUCCGGCCCUCUAGAACAAGCCCUAAGAUAUGAUAAUACUAUAAACAAUGAUCUAAAACUACUGUAAGCCACUUUGGCAUCAUUUCACACUUGGCCUACUUUACAAAAAUUGUUUUCAUGUAGAAGUAGUCACCCCCCCCCCCCUCUCUACUGUAGAUCAUUGGAUCACACCUUAAAAUUGAUUCCAUCUACAAAUUAUAUAAUAUAUACUUCAGAAACCCUGCUAUAGAAAGUAUAUGUUUACUGAUUGGGGGUAUUUUUUUGUGCAGUAUUAUAGAAAGAUUAAUUAUAUUAUGCACACCAAUGCACAGUAGAGAUAGUAGAGAUGUUUUGCUACAGUAUGUGUAGAAGAACAGUACAUGUAAUGUAUAAAAAUAUUGUGCUGAUGUAAUCAGUGUAUUUCAUUUAAAUGUUCAACUCUAAGCUAUGCUACUGUGCACAGAGAGGUUGUCCUGCUUUUCAUACUUACUGUAAAGAUUUAUUUUUAUUAUUUAAUUUAAUUAAAUUGGAAGUAAUAUUUACUUCUGUUUAAUGUAAUUUUUACUAAGCUAGAGAUGCCAAGAAUCAAGCAUCGGUCUAUUGCUAUGUCCACAUUGUAUAGUUUUCUGUGACAAAUAUAUGUGAUCCCAUAUAAUGCUCUGUCAACACUAUCAAAUUUUCUGUAAUAUAAACUGUUCAUAUAUGGUCAUGAUGUGCCU